CUCUUUGCGUACUGCGUCUAUUGCAGUUCCAUGCAGUUUUAGGAACGGAACGUUAGAAACAGCUGCGGGUCAUGAUGCACGAAAGUGUGGACAAAAGUACUAGAAAAUACUGAAAAAGCUUUCAGUUGCCUUCGUUUCAAAUUACUUAAAGUUCUACCAUAUGCAUUAAUUAUUAUGCGAUCACGCGAUACAUUGCAAAUCAUGGUUAGAUCGCUCCGGGAUUAAUCGCAAAGGGAAGAGAAAUUUUAGACGGUUACGAUGCGGACAGCUAUCGCAGUGUUCUGCGUUUUUCUGGGCUGUUGCACCAACGUCGUGUUCCUGGAGCUGCUCGUCAAGGAUGAUCCUGGUAGUGGGAAUCUUAUCACAUUCUCACAGUUUAUCUUUAUAGCUAUUGAAGGAUUUUUAUUCACAUCCAAAUGUGGCACUGUCAAGCCGAAUAUAGGCAUAAAAGACUACUUUAUCCUAGUUACAAUGUUCUUUGUAACCAAUGUCUGCAAUAAUUAUGCUUUUGACUUUAAUAUUCCUAUGCCAUUGCAUAUGAUAUUCAGAGCUGGUUCUCUCAUAGCCAAUAUGAUCAUGGGAAUUAUAAUUUUAAAGAAGAAGUAUACAUUUAGCAAAUACUUAUCAGUAUUUAUGAUUACCUCGGGUAUAGCGAUCUGCACGAUUGUUAGUGGCAAGGAAAUUAAAUCCUUGCGACAAAAGGACAUGGAGCAUGUCCCUACGACACCAUUGGAAGACUUCUUCUGGUGGAUUCUAGGCAUAUCUCUACUCACGAUCGCUCUAUUCGUCUCCGCGAGAAUGGGUAUCUACCAGGAAGUGUUACACAGCCGAUACGGCAAAAAUGCGCGAGAAGCUUUGUAUUAUACGCACCUGCUACCCCUGCCAUUCUUCCUGACGUUAGCACCCAACAUCUACGAUCACUGGAAGUUCGCGCUCGCGUCCGAGCUAAUUGAGUUGCCGUUGAUCGGCGUUUACAUGCCAAAAUUGGUUGUGUAUUUAGUCGGAAACAUCUUGACGCAAUACAUGUGCAUCAGUUCUGUGUUCGUGUUAACGACGGAAUGCAAUUCGCUCACCGUCACUCUAGUGAUAACACUGCGAAAGUUCCUGUCUCUGCUAUUUUCUAUAAUUUACUUUAAGAAUCCGUUUACUCUACAUCAUUGGGUCGGCACGAUACUAGUCUUCGUGGGUACAGUUAUAUUCACGGAAGUAGUACCAAAGAUUAAGCAAAGUUUGCAGCCGAUACCUAAGAAAGUGAAUUAGAUACACUAACAUUAUUAAAAAUAAAUGAAAACAAAGCACCGUGAUUCAUCUUCGGUUAUGUAAUAACGAAUUCUUCCUGACACUUUUUAACGCUCGCCUAAUUGGCAUGUAAGAAAAAUAUAAGAAAAAUGAUCAGAUGGAAAUAACGCUUAACUAAAGUGACAAUGGAAUUCCGUCCAUUGAUUUAUACAAAUAUGCAUGUAUAUGUUUCUGUAAAAUAGUGACAAGUAGUAUUCGAGAGAUGUUAUUUUUAUUAUCUCACUGCUUAUAUUUUUCCAUAAUUAAAUUGAAUAAAAAUGAAUCGCAUGCUCAUUCUUGUUUACUGAGAUCGUGCGUCAUCCUGUUAACUUUCGCAAACUGAAUAAAUCGGGGAUAUUGUCGGUGCGUAUCAGUUGAGAUAACAACGAAUAUUCGAGUUUAACAUUGCAGGUAUAUAUUCUUGCUUUGUGGUAUACGCUUUUUACAAUAAAUAUAUUUCCUCUCUAUCUGUCUAGUAACAAUUUGUAAUAUAAUUCAAUAUCGGGGCACAAUGUUCGGAUGUCAUAAGUCGUCGUAUAUCGCUCAACUAGGCUCGUUGUUCGGAAAGUUCCCUCGAGAGACAGAGACGAUUGAUGAAUGCGGAAAGCAACGAACAAAGCCAGUGUUGCGGAAUC